ACCGGGUUUAAUUUCCUGGGCAUACCUUUCCGUUUGUAGUUUGCGGUGCCCGUUGAAAAGUUGAAAACCCCUUCAAAAACCCUUCUCAAUCAUCUCUAAUCCAAGGAAGAAUAUACCCCAAAAAAGAGAAAACAAUGAAUUCCGCAAGUAAUGAGCAAGAAAAUGAAGAACAAGGUGAUAUUUUUCUCGAUGAAUCUGACAUAAUCCAAGAAAUCCCUUUUGACGAUGAAGAGCUUCCUGAAGCAGAUGAAGAACAUGGGGAUUCUGACGGUGAUGAACAUAUUGAGGAAGCUGAUGAUUCCGUGCACAUAUUCACUGGUCAUACUGCUUGAACCUGAUAAUAGCGCAGGAUACUGGUCAACAGGUGAAGAUGAACUAUACACGGUUGCCUGCAGUCCGACAGAUCCAACACUAGUUGCAACAGGAGGUGGUGAUGACAAGGGUUUUAUGUGGAGAAUUGGUCAAGGAGAUUGGGCUUUUGAGCUCCAAGGUCAUGAAGAGUCAGUAUCCAGUGUCUCUUUUAGUGCUGAUGGGCAGCUGCUUGCAUCUGGAAGCUUUGAAGGGAUUAUCAAUAUCUGGGAUGUAUCUUCAGAAAAACUGAAGUACAAGCUUGAUGGACCAGGAGGUGGAAUCGAGUGGAUCAAGUGGCAUCCUAGAGGACAUCUUGUCUUAGCAGGGUCAGAUGAUUUCUCUGUUUGGAUGUGGAAUGCAGACAAGGGAGUUUACCUUAACAUGUUUACUGGUCACGGUGCUACCGUGACUUGUGGAGAUUUUACCCCUGAUGGAAAAACAAUAUGCACGGGCUCAGAUGAUGCUUCGUUGAGGAUAUGGAAUCCAAAAACCGGUGAGAACAUUCAUGAAAUUAGAGGUCACCCUUAUCAUAAGGAUGGAAUAACGUGCAUGGCGAUCAGCCCUGACUCAUCUGUUGUUCUAACUGGGUCAAAGGAUCAUAAAGUUCACAUGGUCAAUAUUUCGUCAGGGAAGGUAAUUUGCUCUCUGACUGAGCACACAGAUUCAGUAGAAUGUGUAGGGUUUUCACCAAGUGGGCCGUGGGCUGCAACUGGGAGCUUGGAUCAUAAACUGAUUGUGUGGGAUCUUAAGCAUUCAGAACCUCGCAAUAAAUUUCACCAUGAGGAUGGAGUGUCAUGUUUGACGUGGAUCGGUACAUCAAGGUUUAUAGCUACGGGAUGUGUUGAUGGUAAAGUGCGAGUAUGGGAUAGUCUCUCUGGAGGAGAGAGAGAGACCCCUGUCAGAACCUUCAGCGGGCACACUGAACCCGUUCAAUCUCUGAGUGUUUCUGCUGACAGGAAUUUCCUUGUCUCUGUUGCUCUUGAUGGGACUGCACGUGUUUUUGAGAUCGAUGAACUCAAGUGAACUUCUGAAUUAGGCAGCAUUUCUUGGUGAGAGAAACAAUUUUGAACUGGAGAUCAAGAGCAGGAAAAGUUGGAUGAGAGCAUUGUAACUCUACUCUGUAAGGACAGAAAAGAGAGAUCGUGGUCCUUUUAACAUUUUCUUUAUUUCCCUUCUCUGUGGAAUGACUAGAGUGAGUAAGUAUUGGUUGUAACAUGUUUGAUUUAUACCGAGUAUUGCACAAGUAUACUAUGUAUACAUAAUUCUGAAUUUAUAAUAUUGAAGUAAAAUCUAUAGUUUAGAACAGUUCAUGUUCAA